AGUUUAAAGCAAAGAAUAUGUAAUCUUUAUGUAUUUUGUCCAAGUGUAAUGUAGCCUAGGCCUAGUGCUUGUGGCGUAGGCCUAUAGGCUAUGAAAAACGAUUUAAAAUUAGUCUAAAACGUGUGUGAAUUUCUGACAACCCCUGCUGCGGGCUAUGCGCAUGCACGCGCACGGAAACCUGUAGCCUUGGGUGGACAAACCAGAAAGAACACACUGGCGAGGAUAUUUCCGUAUGAGAAGACACCUGCUCUGCUGUAUUGAAUAGAUAGACGAAACUGUUUCUCGGGGCAAGCGACAUCGAGUCCCAUUUAGGCUAUUCCAAGUUCCUCACAAGUGAAAACGUAGAAUCUGAAUGGGCUUAAAACCCUUUGAUUCAGUGUCAUGAACUACCCAGGUACUUGCAUUACUUUGCUAAUGGCAGUAAGUUUGUGCUUGACUGUCGUUAUCAUCAACAGAAGAGAGCAAGAGGUACGCCUGACCAACGAGGUAUAUUCUGAGGAAAUCAUGCUGACAAAUACCAAAGAUGUCGUACUUGAAACCUCGAUGGCGAUGUCCAAGGGCGAAAACAAGUGGGAUCAAACGAAGAAACAACUGGAGGAGCUCAUAAAAAAACUUGUGACUAUGCGGACCGCGGCAAAGAAUGUAGAGCUGGAACUGGUGCAGUGCAAUGAAGUGGCGAAGGAAGCAGCUGAAGCAAUCGGUAAACUAGAGACAGAAAAAUCCAGCGUAAGCAAGCCGUUUGACAAUGAGAGAGCGGAAUGGUCCAAAAACAUAGCCUCUUUAAAAAAAGAGGUUGGCCAGAGGAGUAAAGUCUGCAGUUACAUCAUUAAGACCUCUGACGAUGCAAAGAAACUCUGUGGGAUACCAAUUGAGGUAGCCGCUGAACCAAAGAAAGAGGAACCAAAAGUUGGAGACACCGAGAAGUCAGCAGCUGAAGAAGAACCAAAAGUUGAAGACACAGAGAAGGCAGCAGGUGAACCGAAGGAAGAGGGACCAAAAGUUGGAGACACAGAGAAGGCAGCAGCUGAAGAAGAACCAAAAGUUGGAGACACAGAGAAGGCAGCAGCUGAACCGAAGGAAGAGGGACCAAAAGGAAAGAACAAAAAGAAGGCAGCACAAAAAGCACCCAUUCGAAGAUGAGUAGGUGUAUUGCCCCCGUAGCAACAGAGAGAGUCUCGGCCCAGGGACACAGAAAACAUGAACAGAUGCAUUGUGCCAGGUUGUCACAUACAGUAUAUUGUUCAUUUCUGCCCAUAGUCCCUGCCUGGGCUGGUAGGUGGAACAAUAAGAUACAAAGACAGAUGGAAAAUAAAUGCAAUACGAAGUACAGAAACACCAGGUCAUAAACAUCUUUAAAACAUUAUCAUCCCCAUAUCCUACCCCAUCUAAAGCUACAACCAGAUUGCGCCACCCCAAGCUCUCACAGAUAUGUGCCGAUAUGUGCUUCCCACUGAAAUACUGGUUGUUGUGCUGUUAAUUAUCAAUGCUUUGUUAACCAUGAGACAGGGUGUCCGCGGGGUCUUAAAAAGUCUAAAAAAGUCUAAAAUUACACAUUUUCAAUUUUAGGCCUAAAAAAGUCUAAAAUAGAGAUAUUUUGCACUGUAAGUCUAAAAUUGAGUUUGAGUAAUUUAAGACCUACGUUUUUUGUUUUGUUUUACGUCGUUUUCCACACCGUUCUGUUUUUUUCUUUUUCUGUUAUGGUGGCAGUUAUGGUCCGUGUAGUUCUACAUGACAUGUUGCUGUUAGUGGAAUGUAAUAAUACAACUACAGAUGUGAAACGGAAAUGUAAUGUCGUUACAGGAUGCAGUAGCAAGUAUUUUGAUUCUCUGUGUGCGAGCAAGGCGGGAAUAGUUAUGAAGUAGGCUAACGUCUGAAUGGCAGGAGAUGUAUACGUGUUUGUUUCAUUGACAAUAAAUGUCAAUUGACCGCAAUCUGGCUUCGUUAUGUCUUUUUUUAAUUCUUCGUGAAGGUCUUAAAUUUAACCCAGGAUGGUCUAAAAAAGGUCUAAAAAAGUCUAAAGUUGCACUUGUUAAAACCUGCAGACACCCUGAUGAGAAUGAGUAUGACGUUUGUGCAUGAAACUAGCUCUACAGGGAGAGUAUUCCACUGAUUUAUAGUCAUAAAAUAAAACAUUGUCUUCCCAAAUGCAGUUUUAUAUUGUGGAAGAAGACUACAUUUUCCCCUUGUGGCUGAUUGAGUUUCCUGUGUUGUUUUUUUCAGAGCAGAGUGUAAAAUACUGUGAAGAGAGCAGUAUUAUGAAUGAUUUUAAAGAAUAAGCAAACAUUUCAGUGAUUUUUUUUCAAGAUGUAAGGUGUAUAUUUAGAGAGGAUAUGACAGUGGUGGUAAUGACUUGUUUUUUUUUGCCAUGGCUCUUGAGGGCACUUACAUAAUGUAUAUAAUGAUGCAAGUGGUUGUAGGGCGGUUUUACAUGCCUGAGAUCAACUUGAAAUGCAAUAUAAUAUUUUCAAAAUCUUUUUUGAAGCUGAUUUACAAUACUGUCAAAACACAAAUAAUUACAACAAAUUACCAACCAAGUCACAAAUUGCUUACAAAAACAUCAUCAUUCUUGUGAGAAUUUCUCUGGGCUUAUGAAGCAGGCACGCAAGUAGCAGCAAGUUGCUUCAAUUUAAUGUCCUAAAACCAUGUUGCAUAGGAUGUAGAAAAGCCUUCAAGUCAAGGUGAACAAUUGGUUGUUCUGUCACCUUUUCAAUGACCUUAGAAUUGGCUGGGAGGAUGCUGAUAGGCCAAUAUUUGCUGACCUGCUGUUUGUCGCUGUCGUUUCAUGUUGCAUUUAUAUUUUCAUAUUUAUUUUCAGUAAUUUUGUGUGAAAUAUUCCUGGGACUUUGAAAGACCAGGCUGCAUUGAACUUGAUGGGCAUGUAGCCCCACAAGGAUGACACAAAACCAUUGUUUUUCACUUUGAUUUGUCGCACCUGCCACAUGCACCCCUAAAGGAGGGGAGGGCGGACACAGUAAACUCUUUGUAAAAUAUUGUAAAAGUUACAAUACCAAGACAAAGACACUGCAUUGUCUGAUUGUAAUUAACCUGUGAAAUGAAAUGAA